CUCCUAUAGAAAUAGGCACCGGUGCUUCAGAAAAAUCCGGUUUAUUUUUCUAAGCACCACCCUAAGCAUCUUUCAUUGUACAAGGCCUAACCAUCCUUCCCAAAAUGUAAGGUGCGAUUGACUUUGCACAGUCUUUGAUGCAUGACUUUGACCACUGAUAUAUACAAUCAAAGCACGUGGAUAUAAAUGGCAUCGUCGUAUUUUUCUUACAAAACAAUUUUGUUUCAUAUACCUACAUACUAGUUUUAUAGAGAUACAAUAGGUGAAAAUCUUAGUCAAAGUUAUGCAACGAAGACCAGAAAAGUCAACCGGCGCCUUAUAUUUUGGGAAUGAAAAAAAAACCUAUGAAUCUUGUAAGGUCGGCAUUGCGGCCGAAAUUGGCAUGCUGCACUUGUUCAGUCCAGACAGAGCCCAGUCCUCCAUACACUUUCAGACGCACGGCCUGUUAAGCCUAUAUCUAUAUACUUAUAGGACUUUCGGUUGAAUUACAUCUCUUCGGCCCACAAUGAUAGGUAUUGAGCUAUUGGCUAUCAGGUCAGAAUAUUAUCCUUGACAUUAGCUCCAUACUUCUUUAACGAAAAAGGGUUUUCCUCCGCUUUAGAUUAUAAAGCAAUCAUACUUCUUUUUUGAUCCAUGCAGAAGAACUGCAUGUAAUAUAUUAACAACAAGAGAGGGUUCAGCCGGUCAAACGACCGGCAUGUUCAAGUUUACAAGGACACUGAAACAAGCACGCACAAAAGAAAAGGACCAAAACUAGCUUCCGCCUAUAGCUUAAGAAUAGUAGCUACUAAAAAAAAGAAAAACUCAAUCCUUAAUAUAUUUAAUUUUUAUUGAAUAAAAUAUAUUAAAGAUUUAGAUUCUACGCAUUUUUAGAUUGCCGUUUGAAUAAAAGGAUUUAAGCCUUAAAAUACAUGUUCUUGGAAAAACCGUAAUGUCUAACUAAGCCAAGUCCCACGUUGCAAAUGCUAUAAUAAUGCCCAAUAAAUGUGUGAACUCUAGGUUUGAAAUGGACUUUUCCCCUAUAAAGACAGAAAUUUGCGUGGAGUUAAAAUUUAAAAAGGAUAAUUUUGUUUUUCCUACCAAUUAGUAGUUUUCUUAGUAGCCCAUCUAAAAAAGAGAUUUUUAGUGGGCUGUCCCCCGCAUUUUUUUAAAAAGGCCGUCAAUUAAGAUCACGUUGUGUUUGUCCGAUCAUGGUAUUCCUACGCCGGUCGAUAUACAAACCAGCACCGGAAUAUGGGAUAUAUCUAUUUCCCCUAGGAGGAACAAAAGAGAGGAGAAUACAUCCCGCUUUAAGUGCAGUCGCCGGCGCUUAAUUAUCCCGCCGAGGGGGAAGAAAGCUAGCGUCAUGCUGCUGUGUAGAAGAGCCGCACUCUCGCCGCCGUGGACCGCGGAGGAGAUGCGGUGCCGACGUCGCGUUGGAGGAGAGGGAGCCAGUGGGGCUCGCCGUCGUUGCUGUGGAAGAGGCAGUCUAGCCUGCCGAUGAAUGCCGUUUUUUUUUGAGGGGGGAAUCCCGUUGGUGAGCCACCCGCGGAGCUGGGCCCCAGGCAGCCCAGGCAAUGGCCUUGGUCAUCAGAAAAAUUUCAAGCCCAUAUUCUAAAAAAUAAGAUUGGCCUGGGCCACAGCCCACUCUUAAUCCUCUUGCUGGGCCUCAGGUCUGUGAAGGCUGGCCCAAUACCACCUAGCGAUCGAGAGGCUAUCGUUUGCCAACCCUACCCUGCCGGCCAGGCCGCCGCCGCCCGCCGUCGUGCUCCCCUUCGAUCCCUUUCUCCUUGGCUGCGGCCAUGUUCAGCGAGGCGGCAGGCUGCCCGGCGGCAGGACCGUAGGAGGCCAGGAGCAACCCACCUCGGUCCCUUGGUACUUCUGCCUCAGCGGCCCAGCUCCGCCGUUGCACGGAGAUAUUAUUCCUCCAUCCGGUCAUCCCACAAAACUGCCAUCUCAGCCCUUUCAAAUCUCAAUAUUUCUUGCUAGAUGCCUCUGUUUGAUGAAUGAUGAUGACAAUUUAAUUCUUAGUGCUUCCCCCUUUCCAGCAUAAAUAUGGAAACCGAUUUAGAUAUUUAGUAAUUUUUGACAAUAACAUCUUCUUUUCAAGUUCAAACCAAGGGAUCCACGGAAACGGGUCCUUCAACUCGAAGAAAUGAUAAUAUCCCUCGCAUUACAGCCCAACUCAAGCCCGGUGAUAUUGAUUAUUGAUCUAAUGAUCAUCGCGUCUAGUUGGAAUAUAUUCUCUCCAUCCCACAAUAUAAGAGCGUCUUGUACACUACACUAGCGUCAAACAACUGGGACGGAGGGAGUAGCGCGCUAUUUUUUUCAUUGGUAACACCACCGUGAGACGCACCCUCGGUUUACUCCCCUUAACUCUGGAAAGGCUGCGACGUUGCCAGCCCAUAACAGGUGCACUCCGUGCAUGACCUUGCCUGAGAUGGAGAAUCGUUUUUCUUUUCCCUGUAAAAUGUGAUCUCUGUACAAACCUAUCCCGACCCAAGAAUCCAUGAACAAGACGUACUUGAAAGACAAGUACGUGAAUAUGUAUGUUUGGUCGACGAUAAAUCUCCGUCUGGACUAAAAUUUACACGGAGUUUUCAAAAUGCACAACCCAGUAACCUGACAAAUGAUCAUCUUUUUCGUCGGAUACUGACAUAGUAUUACCUGUCAAGUCUGAAUGUUGUAUAAAUAUUAGAAUCUGGCAUCUAAAACUUUCUCGAUGAAGGAAUCUUGUAUUUAGAUAGCUGACAAAAGGAUGGAGUAUCCGGUAUGGAAACAAACAGCCUAUAAGCAUCCAGGUUCAUGUCACAUCGCGGGCACACAGAGGUCAUGUUGAUGGCUUACCCGUCAAUGGUGUUAGGAUUAGAGAUUCAGAAACCAUGGCCUACAAGUCCAAGCGGUGGUUGAGGGAAUUCGUGGAUGACGAUUGCUUAGCCCCGAUUUUCCAGUCAUUUGUUCGUACCACCGUAGGAUUCGUCCACAUAUAUCCUUCUUUAACCAUGAUAUCCUCUCAUACACAUUUCUCCACCACCCCACGGCCAAAUCUUCUUCUAUUCCUAUGGCUACUGCCAGCUGCUGGUUUUUGGUGUUCGUCUGGGUAGUAUGGUGGCUGCCACCGACGCUCGCCGGGCCUGAGGAGCAGCAAGGAGAAGGCUGCUCGAGCUUGGCCAAGACGUGCGGCAACCUCACUAUCUCCCGCCCGUUUUGGAUCGCCAGCAGGGAGGCGGGAAGAUCGUGUGGUCCCUUGGACUUCCAGGUCGGUUGCUCAAACAACAACAUUUCAUUUCUCCGGAGCUCUGGAUUCACUGGGUCCACUGGCUUUGCGAUCAUGAACAUCUCGUACGAUGAUCGCAAUCUGCGUAUCGUUGAUGUACACAAAGAGGAAGCCUUCAACGUCACCAACGGCACCUGCAAUUUCCCGAGUUGGAACACCUCCAGCAAGCUGGCAGUGCCGUUUAAGGUCAACCCCGCCAACCUGAACAUCAUCUUGUACAAGUGCACAAAGAGGGUGGCGCUGGUGGAGGUGAGAUGCGCGAACGCGAGCAACGUGUUUGUUCGCACGGGAGUGCGUUUCGAUGAGACUGGGAACUAUGGCGGCUACGCCUUGGAGGGCUGUGAUGCUAUCGUCGUGCCGGUGAUGGGCUCGGCGAAUGCAAGCAACUUCGAACAGCUCAUCAGCGAUGGCUUCCUCCUGACAUGGGAUCCACCCCCUGCACGGGGCAGUAAAAAGACGACAAGAAUGUUCAUAAUAUUUGGAUCAUUAGGCGGUCUUGCUGCAUUAACGGUGUUCGUCUUCUAUCUCUUGCACCAACGAAAGAGGAAACGAGCUGUAGCUUCAGACGAGUUGAUGCGAAGUGGAUCUUCAAUGACGUCAUACAGUAAAGACCUUGAGCUGGGUGGUUCGCCUCAUAUCUUCACUUUCGAGGAACUUGAAGUAGCUACUGAUGGAUUUAGUGCUUCAAGGGAGCUCGGUGAUGGUGGCUUUGGAACUGUUUAUAAAGGAAAACUCAAGGAUGGGAGAGUAGUAGCGGUGAAACGCCUUUACAAGAACAACUACAGACGGGUUGAGCAGUUCCUCAACGAGGUAGACAUCCUGUCCCGCCUGCUCCAUCAGAACCUUGUCAUCCUAUAUGGCUGCACGUCGAGGAUGAGCCGUGACCUUCUCCUGGUGUACGAGUUCAUCGCAAAUGGGACGGUUGCGGACCAUCUUCACGGAUCACGCUCAGCGGAACGAGGCCUCACGUGGCCUCUAAGACUGAACAUUGCCAUAGAAACAGCUGAAGCACUGGCCUACCUCCAUGCCGUCGAGAUCAUACACCGGGAUGUGAAGACAACCAACAUAUUGCUGGACAACAGCUUCCAUGUCAAAGUUGCAGACUUUGGGCUGUCGCGCCUGUUCCCGCUCGAGGUCACCCAUGUGUCGACUGUUCCACAGGGCACACCGGGCUACGUCGACCCCGUGUACCACCAGUGCUACAAGCUGACCGACAAGAGCGACGUCUACAGCUUCGGCGUCGUGCUGGUGGAGCUGAUAUCCUCAAAGCCUGCUGUGGACAUGAGCAGGAGCCAUAGUGAGAUCAACCUGGCCAACAUGGCUCUCAACAGGAUUCAGAACCAUGAAGUUGUUCAGUUGGUUGAUCCGGAGCUCGGCUACGACACCGAUCCCGAAACGAAGAGGACGAUCGACCGCGUGGCCGAGGUGGCCUUCCAGUGCCUGCAGAUGGAGAGGGAUCUGCGGCCGUCGAUCAAGGAGGUGGUGGAGAUCCUGACUUGCGUCAGGGACGGAGACUGUCGGGCUAAGAGCAUGAAGAAGAAGGCGUCUCAGAAAGAGGACGCGCACUUGCUCACGGAGGGCCUGCAGUUUUCGCCUGACACGGUCAUCCAUAGAUUCGAUAGCCGGUCAACUAACCACUCGGUAGCGUCGAAUGCUAGCGGGUUAUGAUGCGCUUUGUAUUGAUUCUGAAGAAAUAAGGCCGCCCUGUCGAUCGGAUGAGUUGUAUAUAGCAUAGAGUUGCUAAUGAGGUGAUUCAUCUUACUAAUAAGUACAGGCUCACGGUUGCAGUAACUCUGCAUUUUUGAGCUUGGCAAUGAUUCAAAUGGUAGGUGUAUGUACUAGGAGCAAAUUCCAGGGUAAGCACUGUAAUAUACAUAUAGUCGGUUCAAGUUGACCAAAGGAUUGAAUUCAGAAGUUGAACUGAUCAACAUUCAUAUUAUAAGUAAUCACACUGUACUUAUAUAUAGGAGCAAUGUACAGUUAUUAGAAAGAGGA